AUGGAAUACAUCGACGGCAUAUCCAUGUCGCAAUUAACAGACGAACAAAAGGAGGUGGUCAAUGUUGAACUUCAGCAACAUCUGGAUGUUCUGCAUGGAAUCAAGUCCAAAAGUAUCGCUAGUCCUUCCGGGAUCGUUAUCCCGCCGUAUCGAGUGAUGCGUCAAUCGAGUAAGGAUGCCUGGUCUCGUCUAUCAUCUGAAACUUGCGAUUAUGUGUUUUGUCUUAAUGAUCUUUCUCAGGAGAAUGUUAUUGUGGAUCCCGAAACACUGAAGAUAAAGGCGAUUAUCGACUGGGAAUAUGCGGAGUUUUUUGCGGCUUACUUCGAUUACCCUUUUUAUAAGAGGCUGGGCCCUUCUAUGGCAUUGGAGGGGGAGAGAGAUGAUGUACCGGAACUGCUUCAACUUUUGAAUUCGGAGUCAACGAACUAG